GGAUUAGUUUCUUAAGGUCAGACUCUGGGACAGUCUUGGAUCUUUAUCCUUGGACAUUAUAAGAUUUAGGUGGAGACCCCCGCCUUCCCUGCCCGGACCAUGCAGAGACGAGAACAAGUUAUAGUUUACCUGUCCACAGUGUUGAUAGCGGUCGGAGCCAUCACUGUACAAACGCCACAAAAAUUAGUGGAAGCUGCGAGAGGGAAAAGCGCCAAUCUGCCAUGUACGUAUCAAACCACUGCCCCCGACCGGGCUGGAGCCAACAUAAACUGGAAGAAGAUGCCCGAUGAGACUAUUGCAUUGAGCUAUUUGGGAAGUGUGAACUUCAGUGAUGCCUCUUAUCAGGACCGGGUGUCCUUUACGGGCAACAUCAUGACAAAUGAUGUGACCAUUCUUAUUAAGGAGCUGAGGAUGGAGGAUAAUGGAACCUAUCAGUGCGAAGUAAUGAUCCCAAAAGACCUGACGGGGACACGCUCUGCUAGAAUGGACCUUGUGGUCCUGGUGGCUCCAUCUAAACCAGUGUGUGGGAUUGCUGGGACAGCAGAAUACGGCCAGGUCAUACAACUGACUUGUAAUUCGGAAGAAGGUUCCCCGAUCCCUGCAUACACGUGGAAAAGCUACAGCCCCCAAAAUGUAGAAAGACCACUACCACAGACUGCAGUCAUAGACAGUGGAGGACUGACUCUGAAAAACAUUUCAAUGGAUACGUCUGGAUUCUUCCUCUGCACGUCCUCCAAUAAAAUCGGAACCGAGUUCUGCAACAUCACCUUGUCCGUGAUGCCACCCUCCAUGAAUAUUGCGCUGUACGCUGGAGUGAUCGGGGGUAGCUUGGCCGGAAUCAUUGUCAUCGGUAUCAUCGCCUACUGCUGCUGCUGCCGCGACCGGGAGGACAAGGAAGAUUAUGAGAUGGCGGACAGAGAGGAAGAGGAGGAGGAAGAGGAGCAGGAGGAGGAGCACCAGCCGCAGCAGAAGAAGCAAAUGAAACCGCAACAGUACUACCAGGAGGACGAGGGUGAAGAGGACGACAUCGAGGAAAACCCGCCGCGAAAACCCCCCAUGCCGCCAUCAAAUAAACCCCGCCUGGUCCUCAACAAUGUAGACGCCUGAUUGGGCAAUUUAGGACU